AUGAGAAAGUUGAAGAGGUUGAGAAUCCAGAAGAUGAUAAGGAUUUUGACUCAGAAGAUGAGGACAUCGGAGUAUGGUAUGAAGUGCCAAAUACAAACUGUAUAAGCCGAGAAGUGGAAGAGAGGUCGGAACCAUUUAGCUUGGACUUAGACAUAGUUUGGAAUCAAAUGACAGGGGAACCUGAAAGAGCAGACCAAGUUCUGGAAGUAAAAGAGUCCAGUCAAGAAGCUGAGGUCGCAACUGGAGUUGAAGCAGAUGAUAAUGAGGCAUCUAACUCAGUUGAAGAGAUUACAGAAGAGGAACGAGAAGUUCAGGGAGAAGUGGAAACUUCGGAGGAAAUGGAAGGACCAGGGAUAAGAAGAUCUCAGAGAGUAAAGAAAGCACCUGUAUUACUUACCUAUGAUAAACCUGGAGUUCCAAGUAUAGCCCCAGUUGUCAGAUAUUGUUCCACAUUGUACAAGUGGAUUGGAUAAGGGAAACACAAAUGUAUCUCAUUUUCAAUUAUCUAACAAGUUUUGUCUCAGCUGUAGGUUGUAGUUAAGAGUUGACACAUUUACUUGUCAUUACAUUUCACUUAUGUUUACACGUCAUGAGGACAUGCCUAUUUUGGUGGGGGGAGAGUGUAAUACCUUGCUAAAACCAAGUAUAAUAAUAAUAAUAAUAAUAAUAAUAUGCCAUUUAGCAGACGCUUUUAUCCAAAGCGACUUACAGUCAUGCGUGCAUACAUUUUUUUUUUGUGUAUGGGUGGUCCCGGGGAUCGAACCCACUACCUUGGCAUUACAAGCGCCGUGCUCUACCAGCUGAGCUACAGAGGACGGAAGUAUAGAGUUUAUUUGUUAUAAUUCAUUGGUAUUAGAUUUAAAAGGUGAUCGAAUAGCUCCUGAUUUGUAAUGUCAUUAAUGCAUUUCUUUUGAAGCAAUGUUUAAAAAAAAAUUACAAGUGAAUAGGUUGGUUUACUUUUAAGUUUAAUUUUCCCACGUAUCUCGUUAAAGUUUUGACCAAUGAGGUAACUUGUUAAGUUGUGGCCAAUGGGAGAGUGGACUGGUUGCUGGGAAAGAAAAUAGAGGGAAAAGUUGAAAGAAGGGAGAGGAGAGACGUUAGUGGGGUUGGUGAAGGAAAAAACGACCAAAGGAAACGAUAAAGAGAGAACAAAACCAUACCUACAGAGUUUUUUAAAGGGAAAUCCUGAUUUUAUUUCUAUAAGAGAGUGUUUAUUAUUUCGUUAAGAAAGACCUAGUAGAGACUGAAGCUGUGGUCGCAUUGUGGAGACAUUCGACAUCCUAGAGGUUAGCCUAGCAUCGUGCAAGACUUGGAGAGAAUUGCUUGUGACGAUCAGUUCGGGUUUCCAACGGAUGUCUGUUGCUGCUACCGAGUACUGGCUGCAUUGAUAGCUGUGUUCGCUGUGGAUCUUGUGAGGACACCUGCACGGAACUACUAUAUUGUGCUGAGGCAUUAUCUACAAGUAGUGAUUAACUACAAAUGUGGGGUGGACUUCGGGACUUUAUGUAUGUCGUCAUUUUUUUUAUGAGCUCCCAACGCGCGCCCAGGGUUUAAGCAAGCUUGCAAAUAAUUUGGACAUGGGUUGUGGAAAAAUCAUUGGGGUUUAUAAUUUUUAUUUCUUUUGAUGUGAUACAUUGAACAUUUGAUUAAUAUAGAUCUUGAACCUUAUGUCUGUUGUAUUGGUGGAGUAAUUUACUGUUUCAGUUUCAUUUAAUGCAUGGGAAAGCAUAUCCUUAUAACAAUAACCAAGUCUAUAAUCAUUCUAUCUGAAGUUAAUACCCUAUUUGUCAUUCACCCUAGCAAGUUUACAAUAGGGAUUGUUAUUGGAGAUGUCCUUCUCACCUAAUAUCCCAUGCUGUUCAGAUAUUCUAAAUAAGGUAAUAUCGUGAGAGUCAAAUUCGAGCCUGGUGAGAAGGUUACAGUUGUAUAUGGGAAGGGGAUAGGGAACCAUAGAUACCAGACCUGGACCUCAUAAUGUGUGUGUGUGUGUGUGUGUGUGUGUGUGUGUGUGUGUGUGUGUGUGUGUGUGUGUGUGUGUGUGUGUGUGUGUGUGUGUGUGUGUGUGUGUGUGAGUGUGAGUGUGUGAGUGUGUGAGUGUGAGUGUGAGUGAGUGCCGGUGUUUUUGGUGGGUGUAUUACAGAAUGACUUUGUCUCAGGGGAAAAUAUUGACUCCUAUUUAAUAUAAUCCAAAACAGUGGGAAGUAUUCUAUUUUAAUGAGCUUGUCCUAAUUGUUUGUUUAAUGAUUGUUGAUUGUCAAAACACCCAAUUUUACUCUAGCUUUUUAAAUGUUUACUCAAACUGAAUCCUUCACAUCAUGAAAUCACUGGAGUAUAACUAUGUAGAAAUAGGCUAAUUGCAUUUAUGAUGUUGGUUAUUUUCCUUAUUUCAGAUAUUCAGGACAAAGACGCUUUCAUGUUAGUAUGACCAACAUCUGCACUCUUCAUAAUAUCAAGUAGAAGAAAAGGUUUCCAAGACUCACAGUACCUGUUAUAAUGAAAGUAAGAGGGCUUAAUGUCCUACUAAGAAGGCAUUUACUUUAAAGGGUUAAUGCUUGGUCAACCUGCAGUGACAUUUUAAACUAGCAGAACCAGACAGUCAAAGCACUGGGUCUGAUGGUGUGGUGGAGGUGAUGGAAGCCCCACCUGACUGGCUGUCUCUCAGCAGGCAGACAUGAGCUACAGUACCAGCUGGGGUGGUAGGUGGUGGGCCAGCCUGGUCUGGAGGUGGAUCAGCCUGGAUGGAAACCUGAUAGAGUUAUGAGUCGUAAUGGAGACUCCAAAUCACAUCCAGCCAAGCCCCAUUCAUCAUCUGAUCCGUCAUUAAUAUCCUGGGCACACUGAGGACACAGACUGUCCCAGACUGCCCUGGGCAAACUGUGUGUGUGUGUGUGUGUGUGUGUGUGUGUGUGUGUGUGUGUGUGUGUGUGUGUGUGUGUGUGUGUGUGUGUGUGUGUAUAUGUUCCUGUUCAUGUUUCUCUGACACUCAGACCCCCCUAGCCAGACAGCCAGCAGAGGAAGGUAGGGGGAGACAGUUUUGUAUGACAGGCAACAUAUGACUGUCACUUUGUCAGAUGAUGGACUGGUGUGAUGGGCAUAGAUGAUUCCUCUCGUUUCAUUAGAUUUAUAAACCAUAUGCUUUUAUUUUCCCCUUGUUUGUUGAAAGUGUGUGUCCAUCUGCGCUUUCAGUCACAGUUUUACAGGCUGGGUAGAAGGCUGAUUCUGAAACACAUGACUGAGGACCGUCUCUAGGAUUGAAGUUGUGAGCUGCUGUUUCCAAAAAUUGUCAAAGGACUUUCCAUACUCUGUGGCUAUGUCUAGGUUGAGGACUGUAUAGUGACAGAGAGCAGUCCAUCCACUCUGCAGGCCAGGCACAGGUAGCAGCAGCAUUCUCCUCUGAGCUCAUUCACUCUGUGUGUUGCCUGCCUGUGUUCAGUAAUCCAGUCGAGCAAGGCCAAGCCAGGCUCCAAGCCUCCCAACCCCUGUCAUGGGGGACUCAGGGCCCAGAUAGGCAGCUCCACCAAUGGACUGUGGGAGUAGACAAGACCUGGUGGAGUGGACAGUAACACCAGGAAAUAUGACGCACUCUGUUAGGAUAACGAUUAUGAGUGUGAGUCUUUCAAGUGUGUGCGUGUGCGAGAGAGAGAGAGUCAGUGAGUGUGUGUUACUCUGCGACAGAGAGUAGCCAUGACUCCAUUGAAACGUCUCCAAUGUUUCUUUCUGCCUCCUCUCAGCCUCCGCUAACUCUGUUAGAACAGCACAGCUCCCCAGAGACUAGCAGGAGAGUCAGGAAUGUAAUUGGCACCGCUUAAGUGUAACUAUUGUUGCUCCGUUCCACUAAUGAAGCAGGGCUGUCUCGGCCCCCGUGUAUUUCCUCCGCUAUAAUCUAUAGUCUUGACUCAGGGAGUAAUGAACCGCUGCUGGCUCUGGCUGUUCUGGGCAGUACAACACUGCCACACUGUGGCCAAGUGGGGCAUUGCUCUGUUGGUUUACUGAAAGGGCAGUCUGUCUGCAUUUAUUCAUUCAUGUCUCUAGUUUCAGUAGUUGUUAAUCUCAGGAAGAAUGGCACUUUGAUUACAUUUACAAAUCUUCGCAGCUUGAAUGUGACUGGAGCCCUGUAUUAUAAGUAUUUCCAAGUAACACUACAAGGUAGCAAGAUGAGAAUGGCUCCACCCUCUGUUUGGUGUGUCACUGUGUUUCACAGGAAUCUCCCAAUAAAUCACUGUUUUAUAUUGUACUAUUUCUUUCUCCUACUCCUGUAAUAGUCCUUGUUCUGUUUUCUCUCCUGUGAUAGUCCUUGUUCUGUUUGCUCUCAUGUAAUAGUCCUUGUUCUGUUUGCUCUCCUGUGAUAGUCCUUGUUCUGUUUUCUCUCCUGUAAUAGUCCUUGUUCUGUUUUCUCUCCUGUAAUAGUCCUUGUUCUGUUUUCUCUCCUACUAGUCUAAUAGUUGCAGGUUUAUUUUCAUGAAUCUUGCCCAGGAGGAAGAACUGAGCCAUUUCCACUAGAUGCGCCAGCUGCAAAAUUGGUUACAUCAUAAGAAUUCAUGAAAACCAAAAUUCGCCUUUUGGUUGUAAUUUUAAGAUCAGGGUUAGGACAUUAGGCUUAACAGUGUGGUUGGGGUUUGGUUUAAAAUAAGAUUGUAUGACUUUGUGGCUGUGCCAGCUAGUGACCACUCUGCAGAGCUGCCUCCAGCGCAAGACUCAUGACAAUAAAUGCCAACCUGCGUAAUAGUCCAUGUUCUGUGUUCUCUGCUACUCUUGUAAUUGUCCAUGUUCUACGUUCUAACCUACUUAAUAGUCAAUUUUAUGUGUUCUCAUUUAAUAGUGCAUGUUCUACGUUCUCUCCUAGUCGUGUAAUAGAACAUGUUCUACGUUCUACUCGUGUAAUAGUCUGUGUUUUGUCCGUGAGCUCCCUCUCAGGUAAUGGAGGCCCUGCAUAUGGAAUGACAUGCUAAUGAGGCAGGACCGUGUUAUCUUGUCGGGGGGCCAAAUUCCGACAGUGAAUUGCGACAGUUGUAACAAAAGUAACAGAGCGUCUAUUCAGCCUGCACUAAUCCAGAUGGGAAAGUCAAACAGCAGAAAGUCCACCGCACAAACUCAUUUCAUCACGUUAUUAAUUUAGAUAUUGCCUUGCCGCUCCUGAGGAGGAAGGUGGGAAAAAAGAGUCUUCUGAAAUGACCAACAUGGCUGAGGCGUUUUGCUCUACAUGGUUCCUCCACUCCCUCUCCCGUCUUAUCGCCUUCAUUCAUCCCGCCAAUCUGGGCUGUCUUUACCCACUACAUUUCCCUUUGACACGCAUGCCUUCCCUCGCAUAAUCCUCACUCCCGGGCAGAAUUAAAAAUGGAAAAAAAGAGGAGGGAAUAGGAAGGUACAGGACAGGUGGCUGGAGAAUCCUUGAAAUAAUGUCAAUGCCAAGGACAGACAGACAGACAGACAGAGCAAUGAUUUGACCAGAUUCAAACAGGGGCUGAUAGAGUUUUUAUGGAGAGGAAAAGGUGACAGGUGGAAAUGUGUGGAGACAGAGAAGUCCCUAAAAAGCCAGGUUAUAAGAGUCCCUUCUAAAUUGUGGGGCGAGAAUGACUUCAGGGGGGAAAUAGUGGCAAGGAAGAUGAGAAUGUCAAAAUGUCAGUCUUUGUAUAUCUGAUUUGAAGAAGGAAAAUGGUCUGUGAAAGGCUGAAAUUGAGAAAGGUAGCAGCAACUAUUUUCCUGUCUUCUGCCACCACUAAGUUAAACUUUUGGCUAUUUGUGACUUCUUCCUAAUGGCCCUGCUACAAUACAGCCAUUAGGCGUCCAGCAUUGCCAUCAGCCAUUGAGGGAAUGCUUCCUUUGAAAUGAAUGAAAGCUGCUAUACUGCUCGCGUUGCGUCGCGUCCAAUGACUGUGUCCAAGCUCAAGAAUCGCUGAGGUUCAAUUCUCGAUGGUUGACUCAAGCGUUCAUUCUAUCAUGUAAAUUGAAAUAAAGUCGAUUUUUGGUUGGUUGCUGUGUAGCAGGUAGAACGUCCCAUUGACAGCACUUAGACGGUGACGCGUGUAUUGUAGCUGAAGUUUAAGAAUGGAAGACUGUUAACAUUUGUAUCUCCAAAUACCUGAGUACACAUCAGGUUAUAGGCUCAUCUAGACAUCACUUUAUAGGCUCAUCUAGACAUCAGUUUAUAGCCUCAUCUAGACAUCAGUUAAUAGCCUCAUCUAGACAUCAGGUUAUAGUCUCAUCUAGACAUCAGGUUAUAGCCUUAUCUAGACAUCAGUUUAUAGCCUUAUCUAGACAUCAGUUUAUAGCCUCAUCUAGACAUCAGUUAAUAGCCUCAUCUAGAUAUCAGGUUAUAGUCUCAUCUAGACAUCAGUUAAUAGCCUCAUCUAGACAUUAGGUUAUAGGCUCAUCUAGACAUCACUUUAUAGGCUCAUCUAGACAUCAGUUAAUAGCCUCAUCUAGACAUUAGGUUAUAGGCUCAUCUAGACAUCACUUUAUAGGCUCAUCUAGACAUCAGGUUAUAGCCUCAUCUAGACAUCAGUUUAUAGCCUGAUCUAGACAUCAGUUUAUAGCCUCAUCUAGACAUCAGUUAAUAGCCUCAUCUAGACAUCAGGUUAUAGCCUCAUCUAGACAUCAGUUUAUAGCCUCAUCUAGACAUCAGGUUAUAGCCUUAUCUAGACAUCAGUUUAUAGCCUCAUCUAGACAUCAGGUUAUAGCCUUAUCAGGAUUUACAUCCUUUGACAAAGCUUGAUAUCUCAACACAUAUGGGAAAUAACAAGCCAAUGUCGACUUGAGGUGAAGGCUGUAGGGUGAGCACUGGGUCGGGGGGGGUGCACUCUAGGUUGGGGCCUGGCUGGAGGCUGUGGGCCUGACUAGCACUGUGGGGUGGGCUGAGGCCUGGGCCUUAGGGCUGUGUCUUGGGGCUGUGGGCCUAGCAGUUGGGGGAGCGCUGUAGGGAUAGCUGUGAGGGUCAGAGCUGUGGGGUGGGUUGGCUGAGGGUGAACUGAGGGCAAGGGCUUAGGGCUGUGGGUGGUCUGAGCAAAGUGGAUGGGUGGGCUGAACACUAGAGGAGGGGGGCUGAGCACUGGCAGCUGUGAGGCGGACGCCACUAUUGAUUGGGCUCUGCAGGCUGAGACCAGCCAAUUCAAAGCACCAGUGAGCCGAGACCGAUUGGCCCUCCUGAGUUACAAAAUCCCAGCAAAGCUCUCCUCAUUUGCCCCAAAAAAAUAUCUCUCAUUCUCUCCUGUCAAAACGUCCUGUUAGAGAAAGUUUGGGAUUUUGGCUGAAAAUACAUAUUUAUUAAUAUCAUAUUUAUGAUGGAUGUUCCCAAUAGGUCCGUUUUUUUUGACCGACGCGACAUUGUCUAUAUGUCACACUGUUGUAACCAAGAUUGUUCAGAAUAAACACAUCGCUAUGAUGUUGUAGGUGAAACUAAGGUCAAGGGCUUUCCUAGCCAUCUCAUCUCUCCCCUGCAAUCUCUCAGUUUAGAGGGCUUAUUGCUGCUAGCCUAAAGAACAGUGAAACACAGCCUAGCCUAGGGCUGUUCUAUAAUCAUACUCCAUGCAUUGUUCUAUAACCAUACUCUUGUCAGUAUUGAAACAUUGCAUUUGUCGAUCAUUUAAUAUCAGGAUUGGAAAUCCAUUUAAAUUAUAGUCUGUUAAAGGAAGAGGCACGCAAUUACACUGAAGAAAAAUAUAAACGCAACAAUUCUACUGAGUUACAGUUCAUAUAAGGAAAUCAGUCAAUUGAAAUAAAUUCAUUAGGCCCUAAUCUAUGGAUUUCACAUGACUGGGAAUACAGAUAUGGAUCUGUUGGUCACAGAUACCUUUAAAAAAAGGUAGGGCAUGGAUCAGAAAACCAGUCAGUAUCUGGUGUGACCAGAUGCAGCGUGACAUCUCAUUCGCAUAGAGUUGAUCAGGCUGUUGAUUGUGGCCUGUGGAAUGUUGUCCCACUCCUCUUCAAUGGCUGUGCGAAGUUGCUGGAUAUUGGCGGAAACUGGAACACACUGUCGUACACGUUGAUCCAGAGCAUCCCAAACUUGCUCAAUGGGUGACAUGUCUGUUGAGUAUGCAGGCCAUGGAAGAACAGGGACAUUUUCAGCUUCCAGGAAUUGUGUACAGAUCCUUGCGACAUGGGGACGUACAUUAUCAUGCUGAAACAUGAGGUGAUGGCGGCUGAUGAAUGGCACGACAACAGGCCUCAGGAUCUCGUCACGGUAUCUCUGCAUUCAAAUUGCCAUUGUUGUGUUCUGUGUCUCUAUAGUUACAGUCACAUGUUAUUGUGUUCUGUGUGUCUAUAGUUAGUCACAUGUUGUUGUUGUUCUGUGUCUCUAUAGUUAGUCACAUGUUGUUGUGUUCUGUAUCUGUAGGUACAGUCAGCUGGUGCCAUCCCUCCAGGCCAUGCAAUUCUCAGCUGCCACAGGCAUCAGCCGCAUCCUCAUCAUUCUGGGGCUGCUAAAGCCCGCCAUCAUGGGGGACAACAUCGCUGAAGACCUCAUACAGAGACAGGUGAGUCUGACUGGAAUAUUGCUGAAAACCUCAUAAGGCGUCAGGUCCGUCUUAAAGACCAAACUAACAUAUCUGGGAUCAGGUCAACAGCUCUUAUGUUCUCAAUGUCUUAUUUUUAAACCAUGCAUUUGAAUGUGUGAUUUUGAUGUGCCUCAAUAUACCUGGUGACACAACAAAUGAAAUUCCAUACUCUGUUAUUGGGCAGGAGGAGAUGUCCAGGUGUGAUGGUCCAACCUUAUCUUGUUGUGUUAGAGAACAAUCUGUAACAUAGCCACAUGAUGGAGCUAGUGGUAGAGUAACGAUCGUUCCUCAGAAGGAGAAGAGAGAGGGAGAGAGGAAAGGUGGAAAACUGCUCCAGGUUAAAGUCUGAACUGUUAGUUAAAAUAUCUUGGUUCUAUUUCCUGGAACCCACUUUUUGAUGGCAACAUAGAUGAUGGACUUAUUUCAGCUUUUGAAAUAUUACAGUUGUUACCAAGGAGAUAAGGACAUCAAGUGAGUCAUUUUGCUUAAAUUGUAGGGAAAGAGAAAGGUUUGGAGACAAGUUAAGGUUAUAAUGCGUGCGCACACGCGCACACACUCACACACACACUUACUUUCAGGCCAUUGUCCAAUAUUAUCAUAUGUCUUUGUGUUCUCAGAAGUACUUCCUCAGUAACCCAGCCCACCAGAGCAGUGCUGUAGAUGAACAUUUCUUCCUGAAUGAAAGUGCUUCUCAAGUCAGGUGAGACCAACAUACAGUACAUGUGAAUGUUAUAAAGCUGUCAUCACACAAUAAUUUUGGAUAUACACUACAGUAGGUAACGCAAGUGUAAAAGCAAACUUGUUUUGAGAUUUGUAUGUAAUGUUUUGAUUGUUUUUCAGGGAAAUCUCUAAAUUCAAACCCCUCUCCAGUAGGACUUCUGUGAGUGUGAUCAUUGGGGAUUCUUUUGAUGAGCAAAUUCCAGCUCAUCUAAACCACGUGAGUAGUGUACAACCUUCCUCCCUCCAUUAGUCUGUCUAGUGGCUAGCCCAAUUCCACUUCUCAAUCUUCACCCAGAAGUGUGUACUUGUUGGUAAUCAGGCCUACUACUGUCGUGUCGUCAGCAAACUUGAUGAUGGAGUUGGAACUGUGUGAGGCCACGCAAUCGUGGGUAUACAGGGAGUACAGAAGGGGACUGAGGAUGCACCCUUGUGGGGCCCCCAUGUUGAGGAUCAGUGUGGAGGAGUUAAGUCCCAGGGCUGUGAGAUUUGUGGAGAGCUCAGAGGGCACUAUGGUAUUGAAGGCCGAGCUGAACAGCAUCGGAAUAUAUUCCAGUCCACGUGAUCAAAACAGUCUUGAAGCAUGGAUUCUGAUUGGUCAGACAUUUACAUUUACGUCAGCAGAUACUCUUAUCCAGAGCGACUUACAAAUUGGUGCAUUCACCUUAUAGCCAGUGGGAUAACCACUUUACAAUAUAUGUUUACAAUAUGUUUUUUUUCAGACCAGCGUUGGACAGACCUGACCAUCGGAACUUUCCUAUUGAGUCUGUGUUUGUAGGUGGGGAAGAGCAAAAUGGAGUCAUGGUCUGAUUUGCCGAAAGGAGGACGGGAGAUGGCCUUAUACCCGUGUCGAAAAGGCGUGUAGCAGUGCUACAGCGUAGAAUAUCCACCAGUUGGACAGUCAAUGUGUUGAUAGUAAUUCGGGAGCACGGUUCUCAAAUUAGUUUUGUUAAAGUUAUCUGCGACAAUGAACGCUGCCUCUGGGUACGCGGAUUCUGGUCCUCUGUAGCUCAGCUGGUAGAGCACGGCGCUUGUAAUGCCAGGGUAGUGGGUUCGAUCCCCGGGACCACCCAUACACAAAAAUGUAUGCACGCAUGACUGUAAGUCGCUUUGGAUAAAAGCGUCUGCCAAGUGGCAUAUUAUUAUUAUUAUUAUUAUUAUUAUUAUUAUUCAGGGUCCAAUGAAGAUCUUUGAGAUCUUUUUUGGUGUCGGCUUGGGGCGGGAUGUACACAGAAGUAGCGAUAAUCCCUGAAAACUCUCGGAAGGUAAAAAGGGUGACAUUUGAUGACCAAGUAUUCCAAGUCAGGAGAGCAGAAGCUCGGAAGUUCCUGUACGUGUUCCCCGUCGCACUACUUGUUAUUGGUCAUAAAGCAGAGCCCUCCGCCUUUUGUUCUUGCCAGAGUGAGCCCUCUUCCUAUUCGCUCGAUGAACUGUAAAACCCGCUGGUUGUAUAGAAUCUGUUUGGAAGUCCGAGGAAAGCCAGGUCUCAGAAAAACAGAGGAUGUUGCAGAAUCUGAUGUCCCUCUGGAAGGAGAUCCUCGCUCUGAGUUUGUCAAGUUUAUUCACUAAUGAUGGAACAUUGGCGAGUAGUACGCUGGGUAAUGGAGGACGGGUCACCCAGCGUCUCAAUCUCACUAAGACACCCCCACGUCUGCCUCUCCAUCGCUGUCUUUAGUUCCUACUCUCCGGUAGGACUCCCAGGCAACCCAGCGCUAGACCAUUGUUCCGCCAUCUCCGGGAAUUUGGGAAGGUCAGGUGGACGGUGACUACCCAGCGAUUCAUAUUCCAAUCGUUUUACCUGGGGGGUAUGAAGCAAUGCACAAAACAAACUGAGUGAGAACAUUUAAAGAAAAACACUAGAAAAAGUAGAAGCCUGCAAUGUUUUGUAGAAGCUCGAGGCGAUGCGCCAUUCAUCGGCGCCAUCUUAGCCAAUGCCUGCACUAGUUCAGGGGGACUGAACAGUGCACACUUCGGGGAGAAAGGGGAUGGAUGGAAUUGGGAUGAUGCAUAUUGACUGUUUCUCACAGGGCCCUCAAACUAACUCAAAUGAACAUUUGACUGUAUGUGCUUCCAUAUCAGAUGGUGGCCCAGCUUCAGAAGACGUUCAUGGAGCAGACUUACCCCUUGGCCAACCAGAUCCAUGUUAAAGGAGGGGACCGCAGGAUGAUCUACAAGAGACCGUCUGUUGUUAGCAAACACCUGUGGAAGCUGGUGUCCCAACGGCAGUCCAAACAGCAGAGCCAAUGA